AUGAAUCACUACACCGCCCUGCAGGCACCCAUAGGCCUUUAUGCGCUCUUUGAUGGGCAGUCCUCUGCCUCCGAAGUCCCUGGGCAUCUAGCUGCUGAGUACUGCGCCAAAAACUUCCAUAAGAAGGUUAUGGACAAUAUCUCAAGUCUACCUCCAAACUGCACCAGUGAAACCUAUGUGAAGGCAGCAUUGGUGAAAAGUUUCGAGGAUCUUGACAAGGAGCUGAUAGAAACGCAGCCAGACAUCCAGGACGGCUGUGGAGCUGCCGUAGCUUUGCUGGUGGGCGACAUGCUCUUCACAGCGGUGCUGGGCCUCUGCGACGGCCUUCUCUAUGAGGUAGACGGACAAGUCAAACCUCUGGGAAGGACGCAGGGCCGACCGCACUUGGAAGAGAAGUCCCGGCUGCAACGCGCCGGCGUCGCGGUGGUGGGCACCGGUCCCGGCAGUCAGAUGGCUUCGGUCACGCGGGGCAUGGGCGACGUGGUCGGGGAGACCCAGGGCGCAGCAAAGGGCGAGCGGUCAGCGGUCGAUAUUUCAACGAACAUUUGGGUGAUUUGA